GCAGAACGAUGUCCUCGAUGCGGUGGUGAUCGUGCAUACUUCAUGCAAUUGCAAACUCGUAGUGCCGAUGAACCGAUGACAGUGUUUUAUCGUUGUGCGAAUGCUGAGUGUGCACAUCGUUGGAAGGAGUGA